ACGUUUCAUACGCCAAGCUUCGGUGACGAGGAUUUCGAUAUUCCUUCGAUACACUCUCACUCUCACUCGCAUCAACAACAACAGCGACAACAGCAUCAACAGCAGCAGCAGCAACAGCAGCAGCAACAACAACAGCAGCAGCAGCAACAGCAACAACAGCAGCAGCAACAACAAUCGCAGCAGCCGCAAGCUCAGCACGAUCCGAUGCACAGUUAUCAGGCUCGGAUGAUGCAGUCCACCGGCUCGCGCAUACAGCAAUCUCCGGACGGAUUGAACCUGGAUCCCGGAGGGUACCAGCAGUCGCUGUACCUGCAGCAAGACCACGCCAUGCAACCGAUCAGCGUCGGGUAAGCCGCCAGGCCGGUUCGUUUCGAUGGAUACGACGCACGGAUAAAAUGCCCGCUUGCACGAACGAACGCUUCUCUCGCGAAUGGGCAGACGUGUGGCGGGUAGAGGGUAGAACGUAGCGGAUCCGCAGAUGAGUACCGGCACGAGGGUGGUGUGUAGACGCGGUGGAGUCGGGUCCGCGGGUUUCUC